AUGCGUAAGAAAUUUGUCCAAACGCUGGCAGCCCAGCAGUUUCCAACAGAGCUUCCCAGCCAUAUUCGAACGCACGACAUGGAGUUGGGAAAGGAGCAACCGCGCACACCGCACCAGCAACAACGUACGCUGGGAAACGGAUUAGACCAGGUGAUUGAAAUCAUGGAUGACGAUCAGGAGGUGGAGCUGAUGAUGGAACGCCACAGGAAGUAUCAUCCUCGCAAGUAUGUAAACCUGCAGCAACCGACCUCGAAGGUUUACUAUGACAAGAUCGACACAUCGACUUCUUCACCCGCACAAGACAAAGACGAUCAAGAGAUGGAGGAAGAUGACGACAGGCUGGUGGUGAUCGAUUUUGCAAGAGAAGAUAGGCAAACGAAGGAAACAAAUAACAACAGUGUCGCUACACCGAAUGAAAACUACACUUUGUUGGAUAGUAAUGGUGAACCGUCGGGGCCAACCAGCUUUCCUUCCGGUGCGAAUGGUACGCUUUCGGCAAACGACCAACAUACGGCAUCCGGAUUUAAUUGGCAUGUGCCGCAGAACGUAAGCCAAGAGGCUUCCAAGCAAGCGGAAACGCGGCAAAGCCUUCUUCCGCUGCAGGAUCACCGACAAACUGCUCCUACACCACAGCCACAACCACCAGGAUUAAUCGCUCCCGGUGGGAUACCACCCGGGGGGAUCACUAUGGGUGGUUCUGCCGGUGGUGACGCUAGAAAAUCAGCAUUCUCUACACCACACGAUAAAAGACAGCAUGAUGCAGCUCUGAUGCCGCCACCGGCACUCAUACCACCGAUGGCAGGCCCGGUUGGUAACAUGGCUAUAGCACCACGCCCUCCCUUCUUCCCCGCAGCGUACGUGCCACCGUACCACUUUCCACCAUUCAGUCCCAACACGCCUGAUCCUAGCGCCUUUCUCACGCUGGAAGAAUGGUACCGGGCCGGCUUUCCUGCACCACAUCUACUGUCGGCAGCGCAGCUACAGUUUUACUAUCACUGUCUCCUCAGCAAGAUGGUACUGCCGGUGCCGCCACACGGGUACAAUCCGCACGACACCCACUUUCGGGACUAUUCGGCACUGGCGAUGACACCGGGCGGCAAUGGCCCGGCUUUUUAUCCACCACCACAGUACGGAUUCGUCACACCCGCUCCUGAUGUUGCGAUUGGAAUGGCUGCAGUUACUCCUACCCCUGUUGCUGCGGUUCCCACCGUCACCAACGCUGCUGCUACAGCUGAACAGCAGCAGCCUCUUAGCAAUGCAGCUCAUCCACCGAUCGGGUUUUCACACUUUAAUGGUUGUAACGGACCGACAGCAGGUGCUGGAUUACUAUCCACACCUGUAUCAUCUGCAUCUACUGAAGUAACCCCACAAUCACAGGCACAGCAACCCAGUUCAUAUAAUGAUUCGUGCGGCCCAUCAGCGACAUUACACUACACGAACCUACAAUCGGAAAUAACACGCCCCAGUGUGAUAAGCCAUGCAGCCGCACCAUCUAGAGGGUCUCCAUCGAACGUGUACACGGAGUCGUCCAUAUCACAGACAUCGUCGAAUACUUCAGCUAGCAUGUCGUCUUCAGCCAAAAAUGCACCGUCCCGUGUGCCAUCACCGCCAUUUGCUAUGCCGCCACGGGCGGAUACACCGUCACCGAACAAGCGUCCAUCUCAAUUUAAGUCAACUAUGCCAUCUCCCUCGUGCGUACCUUCGGCACAGUCCAGCAUGACACCACCGUCCGCACUGUACUCGUCUCGCCAGCGUCGCUUUUCGGUGGACAUACCUACGUUAAUACCGUUAUCCACAAAAAACGCAAACGUCCCUGACGAUCGUCCGUCAGAGUCGAGCUCAAAUGAGACUACCAAAAAGGCUACCAGGCGAAGAAGAAAUUCCACCGCAAGCAAACCCAUCAUCGUCGAGGAUGUUGAACCGCCUGCCCCGAAACGUCGUGGCCGUCGUGCGUCAGUAUGUGCUGCGAACACCACUCCACCGACACCCGUGCCCGCCAAUCCGAUCAACGGCAAUCGCAACAUUGGCGGACUGUUGCAGCAAAUGCGCCUGGAAAUGAUGAGCUUCCUGCAGCAGCGCCGUUCCGACAUCAUCAGCACGAUGCGCAUCUUCAUGAUCGGACGGAUCGACUUCGGCGGCUUUCUGGUGGAGAUGAAGCGGCACACCGUCACCUACCGGGACUUUAUGCAUGUCGCCUUCACGCUGAUGCGCCGCUGCGGGUACAGCGGGUUCGCGAUGGAACCGCCGGCCGAGCUGGACUAUCGGUGGAAGAACCCACCGCAGGAGUUUGCCGACUAUUUCGCAAAGAACGAGCACUGCAGCAAACAGUUUGUGGCGGACAACUUUGACUUUUUGCUGCUGAUUGUGGACAAUCUGUUGCAGCAGUACUUCGAACCGAUGGAGUACUUCUUGCUGACGUACGUGUUGGGGUAUCGGGAAAAGUAA